AUGGGGUUCGUUGGCGCUCUUAGGCGCUUGUGGCGAUCGAAAAGGAGGGGGGUGGACGAUGAGACGCGGACGGUGCUCCCCGGUAGCCCAUCCAAGGCGUACUGCGACAACACGGUGAGGAGCUUCAAGUACACCCUGCUUACGUUCUUGCCAUUGAAUCUCUUUGAGCAGUUUCAUCGCCCGAUCAACCUUUACUUUCUCUUCAUUACGGCGCUUCAGUUUAUCCCCUCUGUGGCCCCUGUGAGUCCACUUACCUCGCUGCUCCCGCUGAUUAUAGCCUUCCUGAUCACUGCCGUUAAAGAGGCCAUCGAUGACUGGUACCGGCACAAACUCGACGAUGAAUGCAACUCUAGGUGGUACAGCACAAUCAACAUGGAAACCCUGGAAAUAGAGCGGGUACGAUGCAGAGACAUACGUGUUGGAACCGUGUUGCUGUUGUUGCCCAUGGAGGUGAUCCCGUGUGAUGCUUUUUUAUUGCUUUCCUCAGAUGAAAAUGGAGGGGUGGUUAUUUCCACCGAGGCGCUGAACGGCGAAACCGCUUGCAAGACACGCUACGCCAUAUUAACUGAUCUAUACGCCAAACGUCCGACGACGAGUGCGGCGACGGUGGAUUCCAUUCAGGAGGAUGAACUUAACAUACGUGCUGCCGCAGGGUGGAUCAGGGAUGCAGCAUGCGUCAUCGAGUCAGAGGGGCCAAAGCCGUUUCUUACCAGUUUCACUGGGUCCGCCAAAGUACAAGCGCCGCACGGUGGUGAGGGGGAGGAAAUACGGAUUGGGGUUAGUACCGAAAAUGUUGUCUUCAGUUCAAGUGUGCUACGAAAUACUCGCUUUGCUCUGGGUGUGGCGGUGCUGACAGGCAACGAGACUCGGGUCGCCAUGACGCGUAUGGUACCGCCCACAAAGUGGUCUAUGAUUGAUCAAAGGUUUAAUCAAAUGGUUAUCGUUGUCUUUGUGAUUCAAUUUAUUUUAGUGACGGUGUACAUUACGUUGUCAGAUACGGCAUUGGGACAGGAUCAACGCACCCUUUGGUAUCUUGGCAUGUAUGAGGAAAAAAUAGCCUUGGAGGAGUAUAUACUUUUAUUGCCGCUACGGUUCUUCGCACUGGUGUCACCGAUGAUACCGCUCUCGUUUAAAGUAUUGGUUGAUGCAUCCAAGGCGUUCAACGGCGCCCUUAUCAAGUGGGAUGCGGAGAUGUCCGAUGAACAGCAUCACACCGAGGUUCAUAAUUCCUCGCUCAUGGAAGAUCUGGGGCAGGUGGAGUAUGUCAUGUCAGACAAGACGGGAACUCUCACGCGUAACGCAUUGACGCUCAAGAGUGUUGUGACGAGGAGCGGCAAAGUCUUCACCCCAGGUGUUCCACAUGAGGCAACUACCCUGCGGCGGGCCUUGCUGCAGGAUGAGUCGUUGCUGUACUUGAUGCGAGUCUUGGUGUACUGUAAUACUGUGGAGAGCACAAGACAAAUAACCUUGAAUGUGGCGCAGCCGUCCGUGUCAAACCCUUCACCCUCCUCGCCGUGGGUGUCACUCUCGCCGGAUGAGGUGGCCUUGGUAGAGGGAGCCACUCUUUUGGGCGUUAAACUACUCGAGCGAACACGCAAGCGCGCUUUUGUAAUGUUUGGCAAUAAUGUUGAAUCGGCAACCGUGCUGAAGGUUCUUGCGUUCACGCCAGAGCGUCGUCGCUCGAGUGUACUUCUUCAGAUUGAUGGGGAUUCGCGAUAUCUUCUUCUUACGAAAGGCUCAGAUGAAAGUGUGCUGCCGCGGUGCAUCACCGCCUCGUACGACAGCAAAACAACCUCACAUACCCUUACUGCUUUGAGCAGUGAGGGGCUGCGUACGCUGGUGUGUGCCUACCGCUACUUGACAAGCGAGGAGGCGGAGCUGUGGCUGGCAGGAAUACGGAAGCGGGAGGUGACCACCAUGGCAGCUGCACGUGCCAACAGUCUCGCUCAGGCAUAUGACGCAGUGGAAAAGGAGCUCAUCUACUGCGGCAUCACAGCAGUGGAGGACCAACUGCAGGACGGUGUUUUUCUAACAAUCACGCAGCUACGAGCAGCUGGUGUGCGGGUGUGGAUGCUGACGGGGGACAAUGGUCAAACGGCGAAGCAGACAGCCAUCGCCAGUGGGCUUGUGGGCGCUGAUGACAGAGUAAUUGCGCUGACCCCUGAGGGGGUUGAGUCCAUUUCGUUUCAGCAGCAUUUAGAUUACGUCGAAAAACGUGUUAGCUAUGCUCUAUGCAAGCGACAGUUUCAAGAGGCUGAGAAGCAGCAUCAGAUCCGUUCCUCCUGGUACGUGCGAUCCGGCCUUCGCGACUUUGUGGGGGAAUUCUUUCACCAUGAAUCUGUUUUGUCGUUGCUCUUGCACUCGUCGCAUGCCACUCCAUUACGUGAUAAUCGUGCGUACCUUCCAUACGAGAAUGCCGCAGAGAGUGAACGGGAUGAUGAGGAUGAGGCAAGGGGCAGUACUGCGGUAGCCGCGAGCGAGGGCUAUGUGAUUCUCUUUUCAGGGAAAACCAUUGAGCUUAUAGAAGACUCCGGCAAUGCAGAUCUGCGUGUGAACUUUAAACGAGUGUUGUUGCAUGCCUCUACAGUCAUUUGUAGCCGUAUGGCGCCGGAGCAGAAAUCGUUUGUUGUGCAAACAGUGAAUCAGGCAGGUCACGUGACGUUGGCCAUUGGGGACGGUGGCAAUGAUGUGCCCAUGAUUCAGUCUGCCCACGUGGGUGUUGGCAUCCGAGGAAGAGAAGGCACUCAGGCGACUGCGGCGUCCGACUUUGUCGUGUCCGAGUUUUGCUUCUUAUCUAGGCUGCUGCUGUUUCAUGGCCACACUGCAUACCAGCGUUCGGCGAUUAUAGUGCAACAAAGUUUUUGGAAAACCGUCGCUCUCGCAUGGAUGCAGUUACUCUUCAAUAUCUACGCCAAAUUUUCUGGUGUCUCAUUUUGGGAUUCCUUUUCUCUUAUGAUGUACAACUCUUUCUUCACCGUUCCCGUGACUUUCCUCUGUGCGCUGAAUCUUCCACUGUCGGCGACCAUAUUGCUUAACAAUCCCCAGUUGUACGUCCUCUGUCAGAGGGGCAGAUACAUGAAUUUGACCACUUUUUAUGGCUACGUUUUACGAGGAUUUCUGCACGGAACCAUCAUAUUUUUUUUUCAUUAUGUUUUAUCAAUGACAGUGUCGGUGCGGUAUUGCGUUUGGGUCACCCAAUAG